AUGUUUACUUCUUUGACAUUGGCUGUGUUGGCAGCUGUUCUGCCUUCUGCGGAUGCUCUUGUGAGAAAGGAUGGCGUGGGCAAAUUGCCUGCCUUAGGCUGGAACUCUUGGAACGCCUUUGGUUGCGAUGUCAAUGCCACUGCUAUCCUCGCAGCAGCGAAUGAUGUUGUCUCAUUGGGUCUCAAAGACCUCGGAUAUGAAUACGUCAACAUCGACGAUUGUUGGUCCGUACAGGGAGAGCGCAAUGCCACAACACAACGGAUUAUUCCGAAUCCCACAAAGUUUCCAGACGGUCUCUCAGGUGUUGCUACACAAGUCCAUGACCUAGGAUUGAAGCUUGGAAUAUACAGCAGCGCUGGUGAAUUAACUUGUGCAGGAUAUCCUGCUAGCUUAGGAUACGAGCAAGUUGAUGCAGGAGCAUUUGCAGAGUGGGGAAUCGACUACUUGAAAUAUGAUAACUGCGGAGUUCCAUCAAACUGGACCGACAAGUAUAAUGCUUGUGUUCCAGAUGGAGACGUUGGAACCAACCCUAACGGAACUUGUCCUGAUCUUACCGACCCAGCACCGCCAGGAUACGACUGGUCCAAGUCCAAUACUUCCAUACGGUAUGACCGUAUGCGGGAUGCACUUCUCGAUCAGACCAGAACAAUCCUGUUCUCACUUUGUGAUUGGGGCGAUGCGGCAGUUAAUUCCUGGGGAGCAGAGACUGGGAACUCGUGGCGCAUGUCGGGAGAUAUCACUGCUGAGUGGUCACGUAUUCUCCAAAUUGCCAAUGAGAACAGCUUUUUGAUGAAUUAUGUUGGAUUCUGGGGUCACCCCGAUCCCGAUAUGCUGGAAGUUGGCAACGGCAAUCUCACUGUGGAAGAGAACCGAGCUCAUUUCGCCCUGUGGGCGAUCAUGAAGUCUCCCUUGAUCAUCGGCACCACGCUUAGUGAACUCAGUGCCGCAAACUUGGCCACCAUCAAGAAUGAAUACCUGCUUAAAUUCCACCAAGAUCCCGUCUACGGUCGUUCGGCACAUCCUUACAAGUGGGGAUACAAUCCCGACUGGACUUUCGAUCCGGAACACCCUGCAGAGUACUGGUCUGGUCCUUCAUCUACCCUGAAGGGAACUCUGGUUCUCAUGCUUAACACUGAGGACUCGACUGCUACUCGCACUGCCGUUUGGAGUGAAAUCCCUGAGUUGAAGGGUCAUGAAUCUUAUCGUGUGACUGAUGCUUGGACUGGCAAGAGUCUCGGAUGUGUUAAGAAGCAGCAUAGUGUUUCUGUGGCGAGUCAUGAUGUGUCCCUUCUGCUGGUUCAGGGCUCAUGCUAA